AUGGCCCCGAUGUCUAGACACUCCAUCUCAAGUAGACCAUCGAGGGCUCAACCAAAGUCUGCUUUGAAAAGUUCACGCAGCGCAGCCGACUCCCCUGAAGGCCCUCCUUUUAAGAAGCGCAAGUACGUCCCCGGUGGACCUGGAGGAGGUGGACGAUUUAUCGACGUCGAAGCCUCGCAACAAGAAACGACACCUAAAAAGAAAUCCAGCAUCCCCCGCCGUCCCUCUACUACUACCUCUACCGUUACCACUCCCGCCACUAUCCCUCCCCCCACCAACAGCGCGCGAAAACGCGAAGUCGACCUCCUACCGCCCAUUCAUGCCCCCCCUCCACCUCCCCCUGUACCAGAAACACCUCCACCCGUGACGCGCCCGAGACGAGAUAAGAGCCAGAACCGAGGUCGCUUCACAUCAUCCACAGCCGCCGCAUUGGCUUUACAACAAGGAGACGGUUAUAAGCCGCGAGAGGAGCGGGGGUGGGAGGAGUUCCACCCGGACUUGGAUAUCGAUGGCAGACUAGCUGUUUUUACAGCCGAGGAGGUCGAUACGACUGAGACCGCGGCCAGUAUUCUUGCCGCGGAGUCUGUCAACGGUACCAAUGGCCAGGAUACUCCAGGAACCCCCGCUUCGCAGGCGAAUGACUCGACAUCUCCAGCUACUUUCAAGCGUAGGCCGGGCCGCCCACCGCGUCGCCCCGAAGCCAUCCUCAAUGCUUUAUUCUCCAACCAAGGACCCAAGAUAAUACCACCCCCAGGACCGAACCCUCGAGAGAGACUGACCCUACCGAAACCGUCGUUCCGACUCCGCGAUCCAUUUACAUUCUACGAGCAGAAAGGAAUCGGACAACAGAACUAUGUCGACCGUACGAUGGCCAGCGUGGGAUACCAGGAAAGUGAUCUGUUUCUUCGCCAUGACCGACGCUUUAUUCGGAUGACCGAAGGUGCCCAGGAAGAUGACAUGGACGUGAUCCAACCUACAGUGACAGAAGGCGAUGUCAACGCCACGACUGGCCGUGUCGAAUAUGACAUGGACGAGCAGGACGAGAAAUGGCUUGAAGAAAUCAAUUCGAAACGCCGGGAUGACCAGCUGGAGCCGAUCAAGCCUGCCAUAUUCGAAAUCACCAUGACAAAGAUUGAGAAAGAAUGGCAUUCGCUUGAAAAGCGCAUUCCGAAGCCUAACCCGAAACCUCCACAGACACAUCGCCCUCGCUCUAGCUCUGCAGCUGCAGUGAAUGGUGAAACUGCCGGCCCCGGAGAGGACCAGGACAGCAAGUGCGCUAUUUGUGAUGAUGGCGACUGCGAGAACUCUAACGCAAUUGUGUUCUGCGAUGGCUGCGAUUUGGCAGUUCAUCAAGAGUGUUACGGUGUUCCUUUCAUUCCAGAGGUCUCUAUUGGAAACCCGUCUCUGAUGGAGCCUGUGACUGACGUGGAAAAGAGAAUGGGUGCUUCGAUUCAGUGCAGCAACAAGAAUUGUUUCGUUGCUUUCCACGUUUCAUGUGCACGCCGGGCGCAGCUGUACUUGAAGAUGAAGAUUGGCCAUGGACUUAUGGACUCACACUUGCUGAAGGCAUUCUGCGACAAGCAUGUCCCCCCCGACUGGAGACUUGAGCAUGGCACUGACAUUGCCACCGCCGACGCCAUUGAAUACUACCGCACGACGAUGCAGGGCAGACGGUGGGGAGACAGUCAGGCUGCGGCGCUGUCCCUUGGAUCAGCCUUCGCCCCGGACGAAGGCGAGCGAGCAAGCACCCCUCGAAUCACACUCACACUUGGAGGCAACAAGCGAAAACGACCACCUCCGAGAACCAUUUGGAAACUUCCUUCCGGUGCCCCUGUAAUCCCUCAACUUGUUCUGAACUCUGUGGUGGCUACUCUUGCCCGGUUCACAGUUCGUGGGCGAAAGCAAUACGCCGAGGAGGCGUGCAAAUAUUGGACCCUCAAACGCGAGGCGAGACGAGGUGCCGCGUUGUUGAAGAGACUUCAGUUACAGCUUGAAACCUUCUCUUCUAUGGAGAUGACUCGGCGGGACUACGUCGCUAUGGGUGUCACUGGUCACAAACGACUCACACGUCGCAAGGAAUUUGGCGAGUGGCUCUACAAGGACCUUGAUCGGUUGAGAAUGUUGUGUGACGAGGUGAAGAAACGCGAAAGGGAAAAGCUCAAGGACGCCGAGAUGCUACGAAAUAUUGUUGACCUUGUUUAUUUCCCUAUUUUCCCAUUACUCAGACCUAUCCUGGAGAAAGCGCAAGUAUUGGAUGGCAAAGGAACAUUCGCAGCUGGCCUGUUCUCAAUACGCCAGCGACUCAAUGAACGAUUCUAUCCAUCUGUCGCAUCUUUCUCGGCGGACCUGGCCAGCCUUUUCACAUCGGAGAUUGGCGUUGGCCCGGCUGGUGAUACUGCCGAACUGCAGGCUCAGAUCAGUGGUCGGGCGCCGGAACUUAGUAUCGAGCAACGCGAGAAGAGAAAACUGGCCAAGCGAAUCAUCAAGGCGAUCCAGCCGGCCCUGGAAGACGCCAUUCGAAAAGAGAGCGAACUAAAUCGCAAACCAUUCGAAAAAGAGCUCAAGGAGCUCGAUGUGAUCCUCGACCACAGCGUAUUGUCUGCCGAACCGGAAGGAGACACCGAAUUCGAUAUUGGCCCGCAUGACACGAAACCCGAAGCAAUGGAGGGUGUUGAGCCCACCACCGUUGUCGAGGUGGCCCCCGAAACCCAGGCCCAGGCCAAGACCACUGAGUUGAAUGGGACACCCAACGGGGAAGAAGCAGUGGCCCCUGACGAGGCUGUUGCAGAGCCAGAACUGGUUGAGGAGACUAAGCCAAAUGCAGGCCCAAUCUAUCGUCGGCACCCAACGCCAGUGCUUACGGAGGCGGAUCAGCGGCUACCUUUGGCUCAGGGUGGUAUCCAAUGGUACAUGCAGCCCUUUGAUCCUAUCGGAACCACUAUCCACGAGGAACGAUGGACCGGUCGGGAUGUCAUGCGGGGCAUGAGUGAGGAACUAAGUGAACUGGAUGAGGAUGAAUUGAAAGAUCUGGUAGAAGAAGAACUGGACCAGGAUCCAACGAAGGCGCCUGCUGGUGCUGGUGCUGGUGCUGGUACAGGUGCAGCAGGGAAUUCUCAGCAGGUCCGACGCACUCGUCGGCGCAGAUGA